AUGAACAAUCUCAUAUACGCCCUAACAUUUCCUAAUUUUAUCAUCACAGCAUGGGACUCAGAGGCUGUCUGGCGGGUGGACGGUGGCAAAGUCGUGCACAAGGGAGCAGGGCGUGUAGAGGAGACGGAGAACAACAACAUGACAUGGUGGUACUAUGGUCCCAGCGAUGAGCGGACCAAGCCGUCGACGAUAUCACAAAGGGCUUGA